AUGUAUCCCGUGGUAUCAGAAUACGAAACGAUAACAAGAAGAAACAAAGAACUGGAAAGAACUUUAUCUAAAAAAUAUCAAGUACAAAAACACCUAGAGCAGGAAUAUGUCAAUCUAUCCAUGGUCGGAAGGCCGAACUUCUUCUUGAGCAGACCGCUCGUUCGAGCUGCUGGACUUCUUAAGCGAAACUCCACAACGGAAAUUAUCCCUGUCAAUACGUUGUCUGAAGGAAAUACAUCGGUCAUUCAACAUAGUGUCAUUGAAAUUAUUGACGCUGGCGGUCGUCUUCACUGUCUCAAUGGAUCUAUAAGCCCAUCUUGUUGGCUAAAACUUAUCACCUUGGCGACAGAUUUCCAAAAUUACAACGUUCUACUUACAAUUAGCAAUGGCGAACUCGUGUUAAAAGCAACAAAGGAUAUAGCAUUAGGAGAACCAUUAUUAAUGUGGUUCGAGGAAACUAUUUUGACGAUGUUGAACAUUCCAUUUUUAACGCCGAUGAAUUGCAAUAUUCAAGGUCAGGUUUACAUGUGCCAUAAUUGCAACAGUUGUUUCGAUUAUCCGAAUCCUCUAAAGUUGCAUUUAGCGUUGGAUUGCAAUCGAAUGGAUAACAGUUACAUAUGGAUGCUUUUGGCGAAUAAGAUCGUUAAUUCCUCGAGAACGGAUCUGUCCUUCAGUCAAUAUUCGGCAAAAAGUUUCACGUUCGAGCUGAAACCCUUGCCCGUUUCCAAACCGAUAGCAUUACCGAUUGGCAUUCCAACGUAUCCGGUGCAAACGAUCGACACUACCACUUGCUCGUUAAGGAACGAUUCACCGUCUUCGUCGAAUCAAUUAUCGUCCGUAUCUUCGAACGGACCCUCACCGAUACCCCCGUAUUCCUCGGUAAAAUCCCCGCCGAUGGAAAUCUUACCGAGCUCGUCGACCUACGAAUCAUCCAUCGAGAACGUAACAGAGAGAAAUCGCUAUUUGACUGUGAGGCCCUACGAGGCUCUGCUGCAUCGGGAUGUCUACAGGAGUAGCUUCCUACCCUACGACAUGGCGCAUCCCAGCGUACAAGCGGAACCCAAGAAGAAGGAUCCCGCGGAGGUGGAGACGCUCGCCAGCGACAUGGGCAAAUGCGGUGCCGGAUAUAGAUGUAUAUUUUGUGAUAAAAUAUAUUCGAGAAAGUACGGACUUCGCAUUCACAUCAGGACGCAUACAGGUUACAAGCCGCUGAAGUGCCACUUUUGCCAGCACAGAUUCGGUGAUCCCAGUAAUCUCAAUAAGCAUGUCAGAUUGCACGCGACAGGCGACAGCCGUUACAAGUGCAAUAUGUGCGAUAAAGUUUUGGUCAGGAGGAGAGACUUGGAAAGGCACAUAAAUUCCUGGCAUUCAGAAAACGCUAAUGUUUCCAAUGUCGAAACCAAUGACGGGGAUUAA